AUGUCGGCGACACCGUUCCGUCUGAAGUCGGCCCAGGACGCACUUGUCCCCCACAGGAGCAGAAGUAUCACACUGGCUGACUUUUCCUCGUAUAUACUGAAUGCCUUGGCCUUUGUGCCCUGCUCUAUUGUCCCAGAAGGCCUCGAGCUCUUACGUCGCAUUGCAGCCGAAGACAUGGUGGAUCUUCUGGACUACUUUGACGCCACAUACGUCGACGGGACCUUCCGAUCUCUCACGGCGGGAAGCGGCAGCCUCCUAACAAGAAUGCGUCGCAGGCGUCCAGAUUUUCCACCGCCUGUGUGGAACGUGCUGGAUGCAACACUUCAAGAUGGAGACCGAACAAACAAUGCCUGCGAAGCUUGGAACAACGGCUUCGCAAAGAUAGUCGGACAAUCUCACCCAAGCAUUUGGAAGUUAAUUGAAUGCCUACAAGACGAUCAGGCUGUUGCCGACACAACACUGCUCCAAGCAACUAUCGGAAAUUCUCCAGCAAAGAGGGUGAAGCGAGAGACCGUCCGCCUGCAAGGGAGACUCAAGCACCUUUGCCAGGACUAUUUAAACCAUGGAGAUCUCCUGAGGCACCUGGAAGCGGUGGGAAGCUGCAUCCGCCUCUGA